UCUUCCUUAGAAGCGCCGAAGACUAUCGAGAAGCUUUGCAGAGUGUCCACAGAGCGGACUUUGGAUUGAGUGAAGAAGGACAUUCGUGGGCCGUCCAGACUGUAGACCCAAAACAGAUCAACACCUAGAAUGGCCACUGCAAGCACCUCUGGACAAAGCGCAUUCGGGCUGGGCAGGAAGAAGAGGGCCCCGGGUCUCCUGGAUAAGAUUGGCAGGUUCUUUGGGGGAGACAAAAAGAGAAAGGGAAAGGGUUCAUUUCGUGGUCACCUGUCCUCCUCUCCACAGAGACCCCAGCACUCUUCCACCCGUCGUCGUGGAGAUGUCAACCCUGUGGUGCAUUUCUUCAGGAGCUUUGUGUCCUCUCCUCGUCCCAAGUCAAAGUGGAGAGAACUAUUGGGCCUGGCUUCCUCAUCGCCGCGUGGCACGGAGAGCAUUAGAUCACCCCACAGACGUAGAAGGGAACAGAAUACACUCUCCAGAAUCUUCAACGUGGGAGAAAGCCGAUCUCGCUCUCCACCCAAACGCUGGAGCACCAUCUUCUGAGCCCUUCUCUGACCAGAAAAACACCCAAAUGGAAGAGAGUGUAAAAGAUGAAGAGCAAAAACGCGAGAGGAAGGAUCUCUGCAGUACAGAUUCACAAGCCGCUGCGAGUUUAAUAGACUAACAUUGGCCAUCUUCGCUUCCUAGAUAAAGAUACAAUCCAAGUAUCUGUCAUUAUAUGCAUGUUGGGUUUCAAAAGCACGUGUUGACUGUAUGUGUGUAAAACUGCUGCAAUCUUUGUCAAUGGUCAGGUGAUGCAAUAGAAAGUCUAGCUGUUAUAUUGAUCGUCUCCCUUCUAAAUACAGCAGAAGUGACUAAUCUGAAAAUGUGAAGUGACUAAGAGUGAAAGACAUUAUAAUCCCUAAAAAAUGCAGAGUAACCAAAAGGUUUGGCUGAAUUUAGUCUUAUUUGACGGAAGAAAAUUCCUCUUUAACGGUGUAAUGAUAAAACAGACUUUCCAAAUUGUUUGAACCUUUAAAAAAAUAAAAUAAAAUAAGUUUUAAGUAGGAGAUAAUUUCCAUAAAACCCCAAUAUUUAUAAUUUUGAAAUUAAGCGGUUUGGCCUACUUGUCUCAGAUGUAUAUACAGUCUUUCUUACACAAUGGGUUGCAUGGGUGCUAUUUAGCUUUUGAUGCAUGACAUUAGUCCUUGUGCUACAGAGAAGACAUUUCAUGUUUUGUUUUUUUUUAAUCAAUGUUCAGCCUCAGUGAUGUGCAGUGUAUUUGUGUAUGUAUGUGUUCAUUGUUGUCCUUGUGCUGUGUUAUAUAUCGGUUAUUUUCUUUGUAUCAAGAACUCUGUAUAUAGAAUUCUUUAUUGUGCUUUGAGCAACAUAAAAAUGAUGACCUGUUAACACUCCAUACAUUUACUUAAUAUAACAUUAGAUUUGAGAAAUUAUUUUUCUUAUAAUUAGGAACGCACCUUAAAACCAUUAAACAAUGACUAAAAACUCAGUUUUGUGGACUAGGGAAUAGAUUCUAAGCACAUAUGAGUCUUAGAUUGUACGCCCUUAUUUGUUGCACUAUAUUACAUAUUAUGUGUUAAAACAGCUUGUAAAUGUUGUCUGCGUCAUUAGAUGUGCAAUUUUUUGUUAUUUUAGAAAGGCCUCACAUUAUUACCCAGGGAUAGGAUUAAUAUUUAAUAACAGACAUGCAGAAAUCUAGGAAAAAGAGUCACUGGGAGCAAAAAAGGAGGGAAACCUGAAAGUGCAAAAGGGAAAAUGUGAGAUGAGAAACAAGGAAAGGAAUUUUGAAAGAGUGAGGUGGGUUUAUUCAGCUGAUUUUCAUGGUAAGUUAUUCUGUGGUGUUUCUCACCUGUCUUAAUAAUGUUCAUUGUUUUAUGUCUCAGAGUAUUCUUGUACUGUUUAUGGAAUAGUGCUGAAUAAACAUUAGGUCAAAUAUUCUCUCUGUCAGCGCUGGAUUUGUCUCAAAUAUGGUGCUACAAUUUAUAUUAUGGACAAGAUAUUCUGAAGUGGCCAGGUGUUCUGAUGUAAUAUCAUAUAACUUUUCCUUGAUUUAUAAAAUAACAUUAAAUAAAGAUUCAGACAUGAA